CACACAUGCUUCUGCUUGGAGCCGCCAACUCCGAAGCCUCUCCUCUCGGCCGGCUCAGUCGGUUCAGUAAGUUACGAGUUGCGUUCGGGUUCGCCGUACGAGCGAUAACGGGGGCGUCAAUCAAAUCGCGAUUGGGAGAGGAUUCCACCUCGUGCACACUCUCCUUUCCUCGUCUUUCUCGGCUACAGGCAACAGGUUUGAAUUUAUGGGACAAUAAAGAGUGCGGUGCGUAGUGUGCGUGUCUCUCUCUCUCUCUCUCUCUCUCUCUCUCUCUCUCUGUUUCUCUCUUUUUUCUCUCUUUACGCCUUUCUUUCCUGCUCUAGGCCGCUCUUUCUCUCGUCUAGACAUCCUGUCCUUUCGUCGCGAGGAGAGGAACGAACGGCGAAGACUAUCAAACUCUCAUAAAACUGUCAGCCGCGACCGCCGGGCUGACUUAUGUGCGCCCCUUCUUUAGCCGCGACUGGAGAACCACACGUUUGCAGGCUAGACCUGUACUUCUCGCGCGACGAUCACGAUCCCAUUACGAAUCUUUUAACGAGAGAUCAGACGACACGAUCUUCACGGUCUCGGGGGAGAGCCGGUCAGAAGUGAGCACGACGUCGCGCGCUCGUAUCUCCGAUCCCGCAGUUGCGAUAUUCCGCGAGCAAAGUAAGUCGCACUCCCAAAACAUAUCUUUCCUUUACCUUGACGGGUCAAGAAACGGCGCGUAAGCCCGUACUGAGAUGAAUUCACGACGGGGAAAUCGACGGACGAUGUUAACGAGCGAGUCGUUUUCAGUCAAUCAGUAAAGGAACAAUCACGUUUCCUCGUGUGCCGUACCACACCUUUUCUUUUUCAUCUGUCUCUCCACCACGAGGCUAUACAGUAGGGGGCGCGUGCGCGCGUAGCCCCCCUCGCAAAGCGGACGGAAGACUGCUUCUUGGUGACAUCGCGGCUAGAAGGCUGCAGAGGAGAACGAGAGAGCGAUCGAGAUACUUCUCCCCCUCUCCACCAACGGUCUCAGGGCUCCCGAAUAUCUCUCCAUUAGCCCCCCUGAUGGUGCUAUCCCCUCUCCUUGACCCCUCUCUCGCCCUCUUUCUCUCUCUUGUGUGCACCCCUCUCAUCGGUUCCUGUCACGUCGGGUAGCAGCCAGGCAACACCACCACACGACGGGCGCCAGCGGCAGCGGAGACUCGACGGAGACGCAAGAAACGGGGUUGAAGAAUCCUACGCCGGCGGAGAGACCAAUCAAGGUUUGACGAACGGCGGGGAUUGGUCGAGGCGCUCCUCUGACACGCAGAGAGCGCGGGCACGUGACAAGCUACCGCACACACCGGCCCUCCGUUGGAUCGUGGCGAGGCCUUCAGUACGAUACCAACCACCCUUCGCGCACGCAACAGGAACGGCGAACCGCGCGCGCGAUACUCCUCACCCUCUGUCGCGGUGAUACGAGUAUGAGCCUCGCUCGUACUCGCCGUGCCUGCUCCGCCGCUGCAGUCGCGAUACGAGUCUAUUAAGUGCAACACCUGUGACAAACAACAACAAUAACAACGACGACGACGACGACGACGACGACGACGACGACGUUGAGGCGCAAUUAAUCAUCGCGUGAAUAAUUUUAAUGCGCUCAUAACGUGUUACCAUCGCAUGUUAUGUUUUUUAUUGAGGCGAGACUUUAUGAGGUCAUCUUCAAUGGAGCGCCUCGAUAAGCCGGUCGUUACGCGCUACUGCACAGUGGGUCCACGCAUUCUCUGUAGGUAAUCGCGACUCGUGAGGUCGUAAAGAAGCGGAAGACAGUUUUAUAGCCCAGGCCCACGUGGCCCUCGUAAACUUGACUCGCAGGUCGGCUCGUACUCAGGCACGACCCGCCUGCCGCCAGCCGUCUGCCUCUCUCUCUAUUAGUCCUGGAACCCCUCGUUCAUUAUCGAAUCGUUUAGAGACGUGUUUCAUCCGCGUGUAACAGGUCGUGAUACUUGUGAAACGUUUGACGGCCAAGGUGAAGCUCAGCCGCGGAAGUGUCGCGCGACUCUCAACAUCGCGAGAAGUCACGAAGACACGAUGACGCAAUUCUAUACUUAAUGACGGCCCUCGUUGUUCAAUUGUCUCGGCAAGUCGAGACCGCAACGCAGUUGGUGUUCUCGUGAAUGACAGCACGUAGACGUGUAAAGAGAUCGGUACAGUGAGAGAUUGACGACGGGUGAGAGGUACGCGAAGAAUGAGUUCCUAUCAGUUCGUCAACUCGCUCGCAUCAUGCUAUGCGGGUCAACAGCCACAACAACAGCCGAGACCGACUCCGAAUUCGCCUGGCGAACCAAUGCAGGCAGCAUCGCCGGCCGGUGGAGACUACUACAAUCCGAAUGCGGCGUCCACCAGCUAUCCUGCGCCCUGUUACUCACCUCAGCAGCAUUAUCCGCAGCAUCCUUACGCCACUCCAGCCUCCGGCAUGCAGCACACGGCACCAACAGGGAUGAUAGACUAUACCCAAUUGCAACCGCAACCCCGGCUGAACGCGACAGCGACGUCACAGCAGCACAGUAUUCACGCUCAGCAAUCGCAGCACCAUCAGCAAUCGCAUCAUUCUCAGCAGCAACUUCACGCGGAUCCAACGACGCCCCUUCUGCAAGGCGGCUCGGCAUCGUCAGCGCCGUCAACGUCCAGCUGCAAGUAUGCUGAUUCGACGUCGUCCACCAGCGUGGCGUCUCCUCAAGAUCUAACCACAUCCACCUCGAGAAACAGUCCGACGCCCCUGGUGACACCCGGAACGAGUAAAGCCGGAUCAGGAUUGACUUCGCCGCCUGGUAGCUCGUCAAGGUCGUCUGUGGCCGCUUCCGCUGCCUCGCCCCCCAGUGGUAGUUCGAGAGGUGUCGGCGAGGGAAAUUCGACGUUGACGACAGCGUCUUCCGCUUCGUCGCCCGCUUCCUCCACGUCCAGUACCUCCAGCACGGGUAACAACUCGUCCAACAAGGGAAAUCCCUCUGGUAGUAACCCGCCUCAAAUAUACCCGUGGAUGAAGAGAGUUCACAUUGGUCAGAGUACGGUGAAUGCCAACGGCGAGACGAAACGGCAAAGGACCUCGUACACCAGGUACCAGACCUUGGAGCUGGAAAAGGAGUUCCACUUCAACCGCUAUUUGACGAGGCGGCGUCGCAUCGAGAUCGCGCAUGCCCUCUGUCUUACAGAGCGUCAGAUAAAGAUCUGGUUCCAGAAUCGACGUAUGAAGUGGAAGAAGGAGCACAAGAUGGCGAGUAUGAACAUCGUGCCGUACCACAUGUCGCCGUACGGUCACCCUUACCAGUUCGCGCCCCACCCUGGUCAGUUCGCUCACUUGGCCACAUAGGACGAGUUCUCGCCCGCCGAGCUCGGAGCACACUCUGUCCGGUUCCCCGGGAUGUACGGCGAGCAGAACUUCUAAAGGCUUUUUCCGCCCUGGACCCUGCGCCACGUCACGGACCCUCGCGUCACGUGAUUUGGACUGGGUCGAGGAGACUUCACUUCCAGUAGGACACGUGGUGCGUUCCGCUGAUUCGCCGCGAUAUGCAGCGCGAUAUGCUGCUGGGUAACGGAUUGUCGCCGUGGCCGGGACGGAUUACAUCCUCCUUCCGCUCCUUAAUCUUGUAUUUAAAUUGUUUCACAUAUUUAUUGGCUCGCGUUGGCACAUCCGGGAAAUUAGGAAGGAGGAUCUCCUCCCCCCCUCUCUCUCUCUCUCUCUCCCUCUCCCUCUCCCUCCUUCCCUCUCUCUCUCUCUCUCUUUCUUUCUCUCUUUCUUUCUCUCUCUUAGGAGACGCAGAGGCAACAAUCCGUUCCCAUUCGUCUGCGGACACGAAGUCACUGUCACUAUACGACUAUUCGAAGUUGAAGGGAAGCCAAAAUUUUCUGCACACGUAGCGCCGUACGCCCGAUUUAAUAGACUGGACGCGCUCCGAGGGGCUCUCACGCAUGAGAUUAUAAAAUACUGAUACUAAAGCGAAUGAGAGGCCACCUCAGCGGGUGAGAUGAAACCGAAACUCUAGCUUAAGAUGUAGAAAUUUGCGGUCUAAGUAAUUAAUUAAUCUAAUAACAAAUUAAUCAGUUAUCUUGUCUGGCUGCACACUGUUUCAUUUGUACUGAAUGAACCGACGGAAAUGAAAUCGGGAGAAUGCCGCUCAUGUACUUAUUUAUUGUUUCUUCUUCCGAGCGUUAUUCCCUUGUUUGGUCUUUUCUAAAAGAAAAAUUAAGUCCGUAUUUAUCGAAUAAAUGGAGCCUGCGAAAGAGACCAAAACACAGCCCCACAGAGAAACAUCGUUUCUAUCUGCACUAAAGUCUCUAUUUUGUAGCUUGUAAGACGCCAAUUAAUACUCGAACUAUUCUCCGUUGAAUCCUGAAUACAAAGGAAUGACUUUGGAAAAUCCACGAUUACGUAUAAAUUAUGCUGACUUUAUGAAGUAUUCUAGGAAGUAAGGAACGGCUCUGACGCGACACUAUAUUAGUAGAGUAACGACGAGAUAUUCAUACAGCAUAAUUUGCACGUGCGCGAUUAAAAUACUGCAAUUGUCGCAAAGCUAUGACAGAAUCAUAAUUACAUAUUUACAUAUGUGUUUACAUUUCCACUAUUUUUCGUAUAAAACGCCUAGAUAUACCUUAAUCCCUUUGUACAUUAAUUUACGCGAUGUACAGGAGUCCGUGCGAAAAAGAAAGAAAUUGAAUCCCAUAAUUCACGUGCACCGUUUUCUCCCGGAAAUGAACUCUCGUGUCAUAAAAUGCUCUUGUCUUACAAUCUUACGGUCCUAUUGUGCGAUUGACGAAACGGUGGGCAGCUGAGGCCCAACAAUUUUCUCUGUACAUAAUUCACAGCAAAGUGUAACCAACGUCUCUCUGGAGCAGCCACGUUGUUCCUAAAUUGUUGGUACGUAGACAGAUCUUGCGCAGAAUUUAACAUUCACUUUCUUUAUUCUACCGCAUCGAGCAUUUUAUCGCAAUCGAUAUGUCAGAUGGACUACUAUUGUUUCUCUCUCUC